UUUAACAGUUUAAUUUGUUAGUUUUUGUUAAUUUAUUAUCAUUUAUAAACCAAAUUAUGGCAAAUGACGUACAAUGUCUGUGAAUAUAUUUAGUUUAAAAUGUUGUUGACUAUUUAUAGCCAGUAGUCAUAUAGAAAUAAGAAAGAUAUAAAAGUCACAGCAAUCAAGAAUCGAUUCUAAACAGCCAGACUCAGAACAUAUCCUCUUUUAUUAAUUAUUCCUGUAAGUAAAACGAGAAAUUUGAGGUUCAUUGUAUUUACAAGUAAUAUUUUUUAAUGAUGCUACAUGUAGAAAUUUAUUUAAGAUCUAAAUUAAGUACUUCUCAUUUCUCAAACCGGAACAAACAUGUGAUUAGAGUUUGGGUAUAACAUGUAGAAAUACAUGUAUUUUAGGAAGAAAAUGCAUUUACUUAAUAUCGAUUAUUUAUUUAUCUUAUCAAUUAAAAACACCUACAAAUAGACGAACAUGCUAUUCGACAAGAUAAAUACGUUUUCUCAGUACUCCAUCACAAACAUUGUUUACAUUCAAUUCCGAAAACUAGCUGGGAUUGUACAUGAUUUACUGCACAAGUUUUCGGAGAUUUCUCUUAAAUCUGUUCGAUCUUGGCCUGAUGUAAAUAUUUGGAUAAUAUCUACGGAAAUUCGAAAAACUAUUGGUUAAAUUUACCUUAAAACCUAUCGGCGAUAUGGAAGGAAGUAUAUCAGAUGCCGCAGUAUUUUAAAUUUAGAAUUUAUUUAUUUUAUACCGACAUCCAACAAAGCUGUGAACACGAUGUAAUUUGUUCACAUUCUCACUGGGAACUUGCGGUUAUACUCAAUAACUUAAUGCUAAUCUUCUGAUUUACUAAGUAAGAUGGGCCAUGUACCUAAUUGUUCGAUUUAAUUAUUAAUAAUCAGUUGAAUGUGUAACGUGUUACUUUGUUUUUUUUCCAAAGAAUAUGAUUAUAAUUGCUCAUUUGUAAAAAGAAUUGUUUCAAGAGAAAGGAAAAAUGAAGAUAUUCGUAACGUCAAUGUCUAGAAUUCAUUACACAAAUCAGUACUGCCCUACACUUGAUGAACUGCAUUUUAAUUCAAUUCCCUGGUACAAAAGGUAUACAGUAGGGUAUGGUAUAUUCGCUGUAAGCAUUAUACAGGUAAUAUUUUAUCUUACUUCAACCCCUUCUACAGCUAGAUUGUUGCGAUUUGAACCCAAUCAGCAAUUCGAAAUUUGGCGAUUUAUUUCAUACAUGUUUUUACAUACAAGUUGGGGUCACUUAGCAUUAAAUAUAAUCGUCCAGUGCUUUUUUGCCAUAGCUUUGGAGAAAAUUCAAGGAAGUUUACGAGUUUUAGUAGUUUAUUUCGUUGGGGGAAUCACUGGAGCCCUGAAUGCAGCAUGUAUGAGUCCUGAUGUUGUUGUUGGGGCUUCAGCUGGGUCAUAUUCUCUUCUGUUAUCUCAUAUGUCACACAUUCUUUUGAAUUAUGAAAAUACAAAGCAUAAAAUAUUGCGCUGUACUGCAGUUGGGCUUAUUGUAAUUACCGACGUUUUUUAUGGGAUAGGCCAUUUACAAUUUCGUCACGAACCCAUUAUCUCAUGGGGUGCCCACCUUGGUGGGGCCAUAACAGGCCUGUUUUUGGGUUUAACCAUAUUUAAACCACAAGAGUUAAUGCCUAAUAAAAACAUGUAUGUUAGGACCUUGUUUUGGUUGGGUAUUGUUAUGUAUGCAAUAUUACUUAUAAUUCUCGUUAUAAUUAAUUACAAAAUAAAAAAGUGUACUCCUCCACACUUGGUACAUGAAAAAAACAUGUACAGUUGUUAAAAACAACGAAAUAAUUAUUAAUCCAGAAGAUUAUCGAGGUUCAGCAAAUUAAUAAGACUGAAUUAGUUUGGGAUUCCAAUAACUGAACGCUUCUUAAAACCCACCUACACCACCCAC